CAAAACCAUGUGCUAUUGGCGGAGGUCUCAAGAUCUCCACGCGUGUGCGUGUCUGAGAGAGGGAGAGAAUGAAAGAGAGAAUUGGCUAAAUGAGGGCAAAGUGAUGGGUUGACCUCUUGAGAGCAUCUCAACUGAACUCCAGGACGGAGAGGUAGGAGGGGGAGAGGGACAACAUGGAGGGCAAAAAAGUUCUUCAUUUUGUGCCGACCGAGGCCCCACACACCGGAAGCUCCAAGAAUGGAUAUGUAUUCCAGGAAAUGGCAGAGCUGCGGGAAGGAGAACAAGAGAGUUAUGGGAAUAACGCAACCAUCCAAUACAAGGACGCUGCCUAUGACAAUGACAGUCAAAUCAACAUAUCAGAAGCAGAAGCUCCAGGUGUCGGCCUUUUAAAUACAAUAAGAAAGUAUGUGAAGCCGAUGGACUUUUGUGAGGAGGUCCGUGCCUACAGAGACGUGGAUGCAUUCCUAGCGCAGGCAAGAAUCCUUCUGGACGAGGGAGCGUCCACUCUGGAUGGCGUCUUGAGGCAGAUGCUGAACAGCAUGGUGGAGGAUGGCCACGCUGGCUAUGAUGUGAACCAGGUCAUAGACUCGCUGUUCACAGAUGGAGGAGGGAAGGAGAUGGACGUUCACCUGCUGUCAGAAACCCUUCAAGGAGUGACUGUGACAACCACCGGCAUUCAUUACCAACAGUCGUGGCUUUGCAUUCUAUGCAAUGUGAGUAACCUGCUGAGAGUCCACGUUUGCAUUGCACGUCUAGAGAGGCCACAGAACUGGGGAGCCAACUGCUGCGAGGCACGCUACAUCAUCCUCAUACUCGCCCCACCCAGGACGAAAAGUACCAAAUCGGCCAUUGAAGUGGGCCGAACAUUUGCCACCAUGUUCUCAGAUAUUUCCUUCAGACAGAAGCUUCUGGAACCUAAGACCAAGGAGGAGUUCAAACAUGAGCUUGUAUGCCAGCGGCAGCAGCUCUCUGCGGUCAAAGAGAAGGCGGAAGUAGACCGAGUGGAUAACUCUGACCCCAGGAGAGGCAAAGACCUUAAGUGUAAAGAUUUCUUCAAACCUGGUAAAGGUGUUUACGACGACUUACGGCGUCGCCUGCCACUUUACCCUUCUGACUUCACAGACGGUAUAAUAGGGAAGGACCGCUCUCUGCUGAAGUACACCACCACAGCUAUUUUCCUCUACAUCGCAAUUCUGCUGCCGGCCAUAGCCUUCGGGUCUCUCAACGAUGAAAGCACAAGAGGAGAGAUUGAUGUCCAGAAGACCAUAGUUGGCCAGAGCAUUGGAGGUGUGAUCUACUCCUUAUUUGCCGGUUCUCCACUCGUCAUUCCACUGACCACUGCACCACUGGCAAUCUUCAUAAGUGUGAUCCGGGGCAUCUGCGAUGACUACGACUUGGACUUCGACAGUUUCUACGCCUGCAUCGGCCUGUGGAACAGUUUGUUCCUCAUCCUCGGAGGUUUAUUCAAUGUCAGUCUGCUGAUGAAGCUCUUCAAAAGGUCCACAGAGGAAGUCAUUGCAUUGUUCAUCUCUAUUGCAUUUGUUGGCGAUGCAGUGAAAGGCACAGUUAAAAUUUUCCAGCACUUCUUUCAUGAUCCCACAUUGGCGACCUCAAACAGUUCACUUGUGCUUCACGAAAUCACCGAGGUUCUGGAGAAGAUGAAGAAUCAGACAUCAGGCCAUCACAAUGACAGUGGUCCACCGAUAAUGGAUCACGCCGAGGAACAUGCCUUCGUCUUCCUUCCCAAGACUCUGGUGAUUUGCUCUAGAGAGAUCCCCAUCCUGUGCCUGCUGCUUAUGCUGGGCACCUUGUGGCUUGGUUACGCACUCUACCUAGUCAAAAGAAGCCCAUAUAUGAACAGCAAAAUCCGAGAAGUGGUGUCUGACUGUGCCCUGCCCAUCUCUGUUCUGGUAUUCUCUUUCAUCGGUUCCUACCUUUUCGUCAACAUACAACUCCCUGUGUUCAGCGUCCACAAUGGGCCCGUCUUCAACUAUCCUCCCUUCCACAAGCUAUCAGGCCUGAAUGCCCUGAGUGCCGUUGGCCUCGGCUUCCUCCUCGCCCUGCUCAUCUUCAUUGACCAGAACAUCGUCAUUUCGCUCACACAUGUGCCGGAACAUAAGCUGCUCAAAGGCACAGCAUUCCACUGGGACUUAGUGCUGACGGGACUCAUUAACAUCCUCAUGUCCUGCCUUGGGUUGCCAUGGAUGCACGCAGCCUUCCCGCAUUCCUCCUUGCAUGCCCGUCAGUUGGCCAAAAUGGAACAGCACGUGGAGAAUGGCCACGUCUACACCACUAUCGUCAGCGUUAAGGAGACGCGUCUGACCUCACUGGUCGCCAACAUCCUGAUCGGACUAUCUGCCUUCAUGCUGCCCAUUCCUCUCCAGUGGAUUCCCAAGCCUGUCCUCUACGGGCUCUUCCUCUACAUUGCCGCAACGUCACUAGAUGGGAACCAGAUGGUGGACCGCAUGGCCCUGUUGCUGAAGGAACAGACGGCCUAUCCACCCACCCACUACAUCCGGCGUGUGCCCCAGAGGAUAGUGCACUACUUCACGGGUCUGCAGAUGAUCCAGCUCAUCAUCUUGUGUGCCUUUGGCAUGUAUCCUCUGCCCUACAUGAAGAUGGUCUUCCCCCUACUGAUGAUAUUGCUUGUCCCCGUCAGGACCAGCUUUCUUCCAAGAAUUAUUGACGCCAAGUAUCUGGACAUCAUGGACUCACAGUACAUGUAGAACAAGAGGGCACCACAAACAAAAUUAAAUGAAGUAUAGAGUUUUGAAUUAAGCCCGAAUGUGCUUUUUAACAAUCGGUGUAAUGAUGAUAAUCCUUGUUAACUACUUUACAAACAGUAUCCCCCCCACCAAUCAGCCAUUAUUUAGCAACAGCAUUAAAAAUUAUAUCUAUACAAUUAUUACCACAAAAAAAAAAAGAAAAAAAUCAAACCCAAAGAGUUUUGUUUUCUUGCGUUCAUUCAUUUGUUUUGUUUUCUGUUGUUUUUUGUAUUUUGUAUUCAUCUGCAUUCAAACAUUAUUUUUUCCAAUGUUUUGCAUUUUCAAAGAGCAUCAAUUGUGCAAUUGAAAAUGUCCUACUACGUCUAGGUAUGAUAAAAUACAUUUAUCAUUUAAAUGACACUCAAAAGUGUCUUGUCAUUUCAUGUUCCGAUUUAAGAAUGCUUCUGAAUGUGAUGUUAUUACAUUGACAAUUAUAUCUGUGCAUUUGCAAUGUGCGCAUUAAACCGAA